UUCUCGCGAGCGGGACCCUUCUGGCAGGCAGCAGAUGCAGAGCGAUGAGGGCGGAAAAGGAGUUUAUGACCGAAAGUGGGGAAAGAAAGAACGUCGACAUACACUUCAGGGACCUUCCAAGGGACCAAGACAGCGUCACAACCAAUUCUAAACCCAAAGAAGAGAAAAGAGAAGUUUUUACAAAGGUAGUUCUUCGGCGAUUGCCACCCAGUCUGUCAAAGGACCAGUUGGAAGAACAAAUCAGUCCUUUACCUGCUUUCGACUAUUUCGAAUUCUUCUCAGCCGAUCAAAGCCUUUAUCCACACCUCUUCUCAAGAGCAUACAUUAAUUUCAAAAACCCCGAAGAUAUUGUUCUCUUCAGAGACCGUUUCGAUGGCUAUGUGUUCAUAGAUAACAAAGGUCAGGAAUAUCCUGCCAUUGUAGAAUUUGCGCCAUUUCAGAAAGUUUCUAAGAAGAAGCUGAAGAAGAAAGACACAAAGGCCGGAAGCAUUGAGGAAGAUCCGGAGUACAGGCGGUUUUUGGAAAACUACUGCUGUGAUGAGGAGAAGGUGACGGCAAACCCUGAAACACUGCUGGGAGAGAUCGAGGCCAAGACCAGGGAGCUCAUAGCCAAGAGGACAACGCCGCUUCUAGAGUACAUCAAGAACAAGAAGCUUGAGAAGCAGAGAAUCCGGGAGGAGAAACGGGAGGAGAGGAGGCGCAGGGAGCUGGAGAAGAAGCGACAGAGAGAGGAGGAGAAGAGGAAGCGCAGGGAGGAGGAGAGAAGAAAGCGCAAGGAGGCCGAGAAGCAGAAGAAACUGGCAGAAAAGGAAAUUAAGUUCAAGCUCCUGAAGAAGUGUGACCGAGACGAAGAUGGGGAUUCGGACAGACUGAAGGACAGAGCGGACGGUGGAGAGUCGGACAGAAGCAAACUGGACAAACCCUCUGGGCAUCUGAAGACAAAACACCUGGACAAGGAAGCGAAAGACAAAGGCCAGGCGGAGAGUGACAGAGAGCAGAGGGAGCAGGGGCGGCGGCCGCGGGAGAAGGAGGCGGGCGGGGAGCGGCACCGCGGGCGCGAGGAGGCGCGGCGGCGCCACCGGCACCACUACGAGCUGGACAAGUUCACGCGCCGCAAGGAGGAGACCAAGUGGGGCAAAGGGUACUGCCAGGACCGGGCCAAGAAGGACGGGCACCCGCACCACGGCUACGGGCACUGCCCCAGCGCGGGCGACAAGGCGGGCAAGGACGGGCGCGAAGACGCGGGCAGCAGGAAGGAGCGCAUCCGCAACAAGGACCGUCCCACGAUGCAGCUGUACCAGCCGGGGGUGCGCAGCCGCUCCGGCGCGGGGUCGGGGGGCGCAGGCCCCGACUGCUUCGGCACCUCCCCUGAGUGGGGGGCGGAACCCAGGUUCGAGAUCGCCAUGGGAACCGGCUCGGAGAAGAGCGGGGACGAGUAGCCUCGGCCGGCGGCCGUCGUCGUCGCCCCCGGCAACCGAGCGGGAGCUGGUUCCGUCUCAGACAGAGCACAAAAAAAACCGUUUCGCCCGCGUUUCGUCCGUCCGUUACAAACGUCCGUCCGUUUCUCGCCUCGUGCUGCGAACAGACGCCGUGCGCACAGGCUGCCCCGUCAGCGAGCGACUCCGGACCGGAUCUGGGCCGAAUUCUGGCCCGGAGUCAGCGCUGCCGGGCCGGAUCUGGGCCGAAUUCUGGCCCGGAGUCAGCGCUGCCGGGUCGGACUCGGUGCAGAUCCGGCCCAGAGUCGUUUGCCGUCUGGGGAGCUGUAACUAAGCUGUGUUAGAGCUUCAUGACAGAAGCCACUGCCUGAGAAUAGUUAUAUUUCUAUACAGUACUAAAAUAUGUUUAGGCUUGGGGGAUUUCAGAGUUUAUGUCUGAAUCGUGCUUUACUCUUAAACAAAGAAAUCUGUUCACAUGAAGCCAGAGGGUUUAAGGGAAGAUUAUUUAGAAAUUUGUUGGCCCCAAGUCAGUGACAUCGCUCUCUGUCCUUUUAAAGGCUAUAAAUGCAUAAAUGAUGUGACUUUAAAGAUGGAAGGGUUUGAGGAUGAGGGGUAGGUGACAGGCACAGGUGAUAAUAAUGUCUAAGCAAUCUGAUUUAAAAAAACAAGAAGCACCAGUUCUGCUUGAGUCGUUAUAGACGGCUAAAGCUGAUGGAAAAUUUGUAGAAAUCCUCCAAAUCCUGACAUCGUUUUAUAAGAAAUGCACUUAUAGUAACAUAUUUUAACUGUGUCCCCCCAUAUGCCUGAUCAUUGAUACGGAAUACCUCGAGAUCAAGAAAUAAAUAUAUUAUUUUUCAUAUUUUCUAGUUAACCAGAGCAGAUUCCCUUGGCUGGCAGAUAAUUUAUAAAUGAAAUAUAUCACUCUUUAUCAUGAAGAAUAUAUAUAUAUUAAGCAGUGAAUUGUCUGUUUAAAGUGUACGUAACCUAUCUACAUAGUAGAAUAUAGAACUUUUGAGAUAACUUUAUAUUCCUGUGCAUGAUGCUCAGCAGUAAUAUUUCCUGUUCUUUUUCCCCACAUCUUAAAUAUCCCACUAUAAUCUAAUGAAGUGACAUCAUUUAUUUUUUACAAACCAUCUUGAGUUGUGUAUUAUUAUGAAAAACAUAAUACUUUGAAACCUAUGUGUAUUUCUGUAUUCGAGGAGCGUGAUAUAUUUGUAGAUCCAGUCUGAAAUAGUAUUUAUCCGUGAGCCAAGAAGAACAAAACUGAGUAUUCCUUUAUCCUCAGAGGGAACAGUGAACAGAGUAGAGUUUAAUACAAGUGAAAGUAUUUUAAUUUUAUAUACAGUGUGCAUGAUUUUCUACAAAUUCGCGACAUUUAUAAUUCAGUUGAUGCCAGUGCUAUAAAAUGCACCCCUGUGUAAAACAUGCCUUAGCUAUUUACGUGCACAUUGCAAAUGCAUAUUGUUAUAUUUAAAUGUUUAGUGUAUAAUUAUCCUUCAUUAACUUUCAUUACAGAACUUUAUUAGAAACACAAUAAUGUAAAAAUGUUUGAGAGGUCAGUUAUAGUGGCUAAAGCGAGUAACUAAACUGUGUGUAUGUGGCUGAUGUCCUCUGUAUACAUGGCAAAAAAAUUAAGAAAAUGAACAUCAUUAUGUCAUCUUUAAGCAGUAAUAAAUUCUGAGUGAACUGAUCUCCAUUUUAAAUGAAAA